AUGAGUCUAUUUUUUAAAUCUCCCAUUGAUAUUGAAAUCUUGUUUGAUGGACAGGAAUCACGCAAGCAUGUGGAAAUCCCGACUUCAUCGGCUAGUUCAAAGACUUUGAAAGACAGAUACCCUUUAUAUGAGGAUGGUGAAAGUGUGAGUGGGAUUGUGACGCUGCGUGUGAAGGAAGGAAAGCGGGUGGAGCAUCUUGGAGUGAAAGUAAGUUUGAUUGGUUCUGUUGAUACUAUAAAAUCAACUACCGAGGCCAAGAAGAGAUCCAUUGAUACAUUUCUAUCCCUUAGUGCAGAUCUUUGCCCUCAGGGUGAAUUAGUCCAUUCGCAGAGUUAUUCGUUUAACUUCAAAGAUGUUGAGAAGAGGUAUGAGAGCUAUAGAGGGAAAAAUAUUGAUGUCAUGUUUUAUGUCAAGGUUACAGUGUUAAGGAGAUCUACAGAUAUAGUGAAGUUAAAGAAGUUUUGGUGUUAUUUGUAUAAUACAGUUCCAUUGAUACAUACCUCGGGGAAUGGGGAUGAUAGCAAGCCCGUAAAGCUUGAUAUUGGUAUUGAAAACUGUUUGCAUAUUGAGUUUGAGUACUCGAAAUCUCAGUAUGCUCUAAAGGACGUUAUCGUUGGACGUAUAUAUUUUUUAUUAACCCGCCUGAAGGUAAAGCAUAUGGAAAUCAGUUUGAUCAAAAGAGAGACGUGCGGCCAUGAACCAAAUCAGCUGAGUGAUACAACUUCAAUUAGAUACGAAAUCAUGGAUGGCUCUCCCGUGAAGGGGGAGACAAUUCCCAUUAGACUAUUUCUUGGAGGAUAUGAUCUAACGCCAAAUAUAACAUCCAACUACUUCAGCGUUAAAAACUACCUGAGUCUUGUGAUAAUAGAUGAAGAUGGCCGGCGCUACUUCAAACAAACUGAGAUUGUGCUAUAUCGCACUCUAAGCUAA